CCAUAACAAGGAUAACGAGUAAAUGAUAAGAAAACCAGGAUAAGAUGUGAUGUCCAGUUGAAGAGAGAUUACACUACACUUACACAAACUCAACCAAAAACACAUAAACUUGUUUUAGUCAAACUACAACUCAAAACCCCAAUCAAUUAUCUUCAAAGGAAUUUUCAGGUUUUGGUUUAUGCAAGUGACUUAGAUCAGCAAAUAUGGUAGUUCUGGCAAGCAACUGUGUAACAAUGAAUUCAGCAGCAAUAAUGGGUGGUACCCUUGUUCAUACCCAGCAAUCUUACAAUAAACCCUUGUUCCUUUUGCCAAGCAGUAGAAACAAUUCUUCACAAUCUGUUUCUCUCUCCUCUUUAUCCAUUGGUGCUGGCAUUGCUCCUUCCUCCUCCCUCAGAACUCCUGCUGUUGCCGUCGCCGCAGAUACCAGCCAGCCUAGCUCUUCUUCUGAGCAGGAUCAAACGACUAAGAAGUAUUAUUUUGUGGUUGCAAAUGCAAAAUUCAUGCUUGACGAAGAGGAACAUUUCAGAGAGCUUAUGUAUGAAAGGCUUCGCAUGUUCGGAGAACGCAACAUAGAGCAGGAUUUUUGGCUUGUUAUUGAACCAAAGUUCCUGGAGAAAUUCCCUAAUAUCACCAAGAGAUUGAAGAGACCUGCUGUGGCUUUGGUUUCAACAAAUGGCCCAUGGAUCACGUACAUGAAACUGAGAUUGGAUCGCGUUUUAGCAGAAAGCUAUGAAGCUGACAGCAUAGAAGAAGCGCUGGCCUCAAAUCCGACAAAAUUGGAGUUUGAGAAGCCAGAGAAGUGGGUGGCCCCAUAUACAAAGUAUGAAUAUGGCUGGUGGGAAACCUUCUUGCCUCCUGGAUCCCAAAAGUCCCAGGCUUGAAGUUGUGAUGCGAAAUAAUUACCGAGAGUAUUGCUUAGAAGAAUCAUAUAAGUGAUUUGUCACAUAAAUGGUUGAGAUUUGUUUGGUACCUAGCCCUUCGUGGGUAGAACUAAAGACCUGUUUCUCAUUCUACUGAAAAAUGGGGACAGAUUUUGAAGAAGCUCGUGCAUUGCAGUGACAGGUUUGGUAAUAUAAUAGAGAAGAAUGUGAUAUUUGUGUUUGUGUUGGUAUGCGGCUAGUCAUUUAAGUAUUGUGUGCUGUUGUUAAUUGAUACAUAGUAGAUUUUAGGCAGCGAAAUCUUUAGCAAUGUACCAGUUGUUUUGUUCCCUUCAUUUCUUGUAUGCAGAAGAUGAAGAUUUUCGAAUAUUAGGUAAAUAGUACGGAGUAAUUCGUAGUAUGGAGUACAAGUUAUUAGCAUAUAUCAGUGACUCCAUUCUCCCUCCUUCCACUUUCAAGUUCUCCUGUCACUUUCAUGAGAGUGUGAGCAGAUAGCUAGCUGGUGAUAUACAACCAUGGUUACCAAAUUUUGAUUCAUUAAUGGUGGUGUAAUAUUGGGCCAUGCAAAAAAUUUACUGAUCUUGGAUCAGCUCACUGAUUUUAUAUAUUUGCUCCAUUUGUCAAAACUAGUGGUAGCGAAUAGCUUUUAGCAAUUGAUGUGCUAAAAUCCA